GCAUGCGAUCUUCUUGAGAGCCACGACCUGAUGUCGAAACCAAGAAUAGGAAAAAUGAAAGCAAAAAGACAGAAUGCGUACGGCAUCAAAAAAGUAGGACGGCAUGAAAAAAGUAGGGCAAAUGAAAAAUCCAAAAGUGUCUCUCUCUCAAUCUCUCUCUCAUAUGUCAAACAUUCAACCACGAUUGAGGGGGUCUUUGGACUUGUGCUAUCUUUACAAAUAGCAAUGGCAGAGACAUGAAAUGUGCCACUCUGUUCUUGUCCUGCAGAAACCGGAGGCGAGUGUGGACUUCUUCUACAGCAUCUUUUGAAAGCUUCACGAAAAUGUCUUAAACCAUCAGAUGCUGAGAUAUUAGUGGGUAUGCAUUGCUCUGGAUGUUCAUUGCGUUGGUGAAGGAGAUAUGGAUAGCAGUGCGAGUAGAAGCAGUGGCAAUGAGACCGAGAAUGCCAUCUUGAAUUCCAAAACCGAGUCUUGCUGUGGCCAGUUCCAAAAUGGCUCUAACCCUUGGAUGGCCAGAUAUUUGUAUGCUUUGAUGUUUCUAGUUUGUAAUAUACUGGCUUGGGUUGCUCGGGAUUAUGGCCACGGUGCCCUCAAAGAAAUGCAGAGAUUAGAAGGAUGCCGUGGUGCACAAGAUUGUUUGGGCGCAGAAGGAGUCUUGCGGGUCAGUUUGGGAUGCUUCACCUUCUACUUCACAAUGUUCCUUUCAACAGUCCGCACGUCAAAGUUGCAAGAGCCUAGAAAUGUAUGGCAUUCCGGGUGGUGGUCAGUCAAGACUGUCCUCUUGAUUACCUUGAUUAUCGUCCCUUUUCUGGUUCCUUCAGCCUUUAUCCAGCUCUAUGGAGAGGUUGCACAUUUUGGUGCCGGGGUUUUUCUUCUCGUUCAGCUUAUAAGUAUAAUCAGUUUCAUCAUGUGGCUGAACGGUUGCUGCCAGUCUGAUAAAGAUCCGGGGAAGUGCCACAUCCAGGCGAUAUUACUUGCGGCUACUGCAUAUGUUGUUUGCAUUGUGGGGAUCGUUUUAAUGUACAUCUGGUAUGCACCGGAGAGGUCUUGCCUACUUAACAUUUUCUUCAUCACUUGGACUCUGGUGCUCCUGCAACUAAUGACCAGUGUCUCCCUUCACCCUAAAGUCAACGCUGGCUUCUUGAUUCCUGGUCUCAUGGGACUCUAUGUUGUGUUUAUCUGCUGGUGUGCCCUUCGAAGUGAACCGGCAGGAGAAAGUUGCAACAGGAAAGCUGAAGCUUCCCACAGUACUGACUGGCUCACAAUCAUAAGCUUCAUUGUAGCGAUCCUCGCCAUUGUCAUUGCUACCUUUUCAACCGGAAUCGACUCCCAAUGCUUUCAGGAAGACUCAAGUGAGAGCUGCCGGCGAUGUCCCAUAUGGCUACGGCUUCUUCCAUUUUGUUUUUGCCACAGGAGCGAUGUACUUCGGAAUGCUGUUUAUUGGCUGGAACAGUCACUACCCAAUAAAGAAGUGGACGAUUGACGUGGGAUGGACGAGCACUUGGGUCAGAAUCGUCAACGAGUGGGUCGCAGUCUGCGUUUUUGGUAUGUGCUCGAUACAGAAAGCUCCUUCCUGUCUUGUAAUCAGCUAAUGUUGUACCAAGUUGGUAUUGCCAGCUUAAUCAGAAGCUCUUUUGUAGUCUUGAUCUCGCGAAAGAAGUAGCACGAAAGAGUAGUAGUGAUGGAAAGUGAUUGUCCUUGUGCAGUAUGGAUGCUCGUAGCACCAGUCGUGUGGAAGAGCAGGCAAGCGAGCUGAACCACAUGAGUAAAUUGAAUCCGCAGCCAGAUGACUCGGUGGAUAGUGUAGGAAGCAUCUCUGAACGGUUCAGGCAGCGUAUGGAAAGAGUUAGAAGACUUGAAUCGUUCCUGCAGUUGGUUAGCCACAGACGCCUCCUGGCUUUCACAUUCGCUGAUGUGAUAGUGAGGAAGCCAACUACUUCGGUUACUGUAGAAGCUUUCUGCUGUUUCGAAUUAAGCAAGAAUGGAAAGGACACAUGAUAAGCCGCAUCACGAUUCACAUCUGUGAUUCAUUCAUGAUGACGUAGAUUGCAUUCAUGGGUUCGCAAUCGAAAGUUCUUUUGAAU